AUGUCGAUUAAUAAAAAGAAAACAUUUUCAUUAGAAUCAGUAGUUCGACCAAAUAUAUUAGCACUUAAACCUUAUAGAUGUGCUCGAGAUGAUUAUUCGUCGGGAAUAUUAUUAGAUGCGAAUGAAAAUUCAUUUGGAAUGAUAUUGCCAAAAAAUGAGAUUCAAUUAACUUUUCAUUCUAAAGAGGAUAAAGAGAAGGAUGAUUCCGGGAUAGAAAAACUUCAUAGAUAUCCUGAUCCCAAUCAAGUGAAUAUUAAAGAACGAUUAAUGAAAUUUAGAGGGUUACCUAGUAUCGAUUACUUUUUUUUAGGGGUGGGAUCGGAUGAAUGCAUUGAUUUAAUUAUAAGGAUAUUUUGUGUACCAGGAAAAGAUAAGUUAUUGAUUACGCCACCUACUUAUGGAAUGUACUCGGUCUGUGCUAAUAUCAAUGAUGUUGGUAUUGUUAAGGUUAACUUGGAUGUUGAAGAUGGUAAAUUUCAAUUAAAAACUGACGAGAUCUUGAAAGCCGUAAGGGAGAAUGAGGAUAUCAAGAUGAUUUUUUUAUGCUCGCCGGGAAAUCCGACGGGCACAGUGUUAUCACAUGAAUCAAUUAGACCAAUAUUAGAAGAUGAGAAUUAUAAUGGAAUAGUGGUUAUAGAUGAAGCUUAUAUUGAUUUUGUUGAAGAAAAGAAUCAAAAUGGUAGCUUGGUUAAAUGGGUGACACAGUAUCCUAACCUUGUCAUCAUGCAAACUUUAAGCAAAAGUUUUGGAUUAGCCGGCAUUAGACUUGGUAUAUCAAUUGCAGAUCCACGCAUAAUUCAAUUAAUGAAUAACACCAAAGCGCCAUAUAACAUAAGCGCAUUAACAUCGCACGUAGCGUGUACGGCGUUAUCAACACAAAACAUUUCAAACAUGAAAUUAAUCAAACAGCAGAUUCGUGACGAGCACAUGAAACUUAUUUCCUCGAUUCUAACAAUACCUGGGAUCGGAAAAAUCCUUGGAGGAAAUGAUGCAAAUUUUAUAUUGGUACAAAUAUUGGAUAGGAAUAAUCAAAACGUUAAUAAUGAUAGAGCGUAUCAUAUUUAUCAAGAAAUGGCGGAGAAACAUGAUAUCGUCGUUAGAUACAGAGGAAAUGAAAUUGGAUGUGAAGGAUGUUUGAGAAUUACAGUUGGUACACCAAAAGAAAAUGAAUUAUUAUUAAAAACGUUAAAUGAAUUACUUGGGGUGAUCUUGUAG